AUGCGGAGAGAAUUGGAUAAGUCUUGGAUGUUUGAGAAUGAUAGGUUUGGUCAAGUAUACAGAGAUGGGGUAAAAAAUUUCAUUAAAUAUGCAUCUACAUAUGGUCCUUGGAAAACCCUUUGUCCUUGCCCAUGUUCUAGAUGUCUAAAUGGGGGUCGUCUCGAUAUUAAGGAAGUGCAACAGCAUUUGUACGAGUAUGGUAUCGACAAGUCGUAUAUCACUUGGGUCUUUCAUGGUGAGAAGCAGCCGGUUAAUAAUGUAAUGAGUCGUCCAGUAGAGAGUGUGUCUAAUGAGCAAGUUAGAGAAGAUAUAUUUCCAGAUUUGACUCCUUUUAUUGAUGCUGCAUUUGAAGUUCAUGGAAGUAAUGGUGGUGGUGUUUUUAUCGAUGAUGCGAAUGGGACACAGGAUGAUACUGAGGAACCAUUCGAGUUUGAACCAGAUGCGCAAAAGAGACACGAAAAGUACAAAGAAUUGGCUGAACAGAAAUUGUAUCCUACUUGUGAAGGCAAUGUUAGUACACUAUCGGCGAUCGUGGAGCUUCAGAAUUUAAAGAAACAGUUUGGAAUAUCAGGUAAUUGUGUGACCAAAUUGUUGAAAAUGAUAAAAGGGUGGUUACCAAAAGAAAAAACGAUGCCCAAUAGAUAUACGGAAAUGAAGUCGAUUAUGUUGGGUCUGGGUAUGAAAUGUAAGGCUAUUCAUGCGUGCCCAAAUCAUUGUAUUUUGUACUAUAAGGAGCAUGAAGAUGAAACAAGCUGUCUGCAAUGUAAAGAACCAAGAUUUAAGGUCAAACAAGGGAAAUUUGGGCCAAAGAAGACAAAGGAACCUUCGCUGGUGCUGAGACACUUUCCCGUUGGAGAAAGACUUAAGAGAUAUUAUGGUACACCUUGGAUAUCUGAAGCAGUAACAUGGCAUGAUCGAGCUGAAGUUUCUAGUGAGUACAUGCGUCAUCCGAUAGAUUCACAUCAGUGGGCUUUAGUGAAAAAGAAAUUUCCAGAGUUUGCAUAG